GCCAGAGGCAGAGCGGCUGGAGUCAGGCCUCCGCCAAGAGAGGCCGGAGAGGGCUGUCUUCCUGGGUCGGCUGCUGGGCGAGGGGCGGUGGGAGGAGCAGUGGCCUACGCUGUGGCCAUGUCUGCGUCCGCAGGGGUCCGAGGGUCUGACCUGCGCCCUCCGGCCGGACUCGGCCGGACACCCGUGCCCUCCUGGGGGUCCGGCAGAGAGCAGUGACCGGCAGUCUCUGUGCGUCCUGGGCCCCCCCGGAGAAACAGGAGAGUCCAAGGGAUGGCUGCUGACAUGCAGAGGAAGAGGAGCAGCGAAUGCCCCGAUGGCACCCUGGCUCCUUCUGAUGGGCAGAGUAUGGAGAGAGCUGAGAGCCCCACACCAGGACUGGCUCAGGGAAUGGAGCCAGGUGCUGGGCAGGAGGGUGCCAUGUUCGUCCAUGCCCGUUCCUAUGAGGACCUGACUGAAUCGGAGGAUGGGGCAGCUUCUGGGGACAGCCCCAAGGAGGGUGUUGGGGGUCCUCCACCACUGCCUGCAGACAUGCGACAGAUCAGCCAGGACUUCAGCGAGCUGAGCACCCAACUGACGGGUGUGGCCCGAGACCUGCAGGAGGAGAUGCUGCCAGGAAGCUCUGAGGACUGGCCAGAGCCUUCAGGGGCAGCUGGGCGGCCAGCCACAGAACCCCCCAGGGAGGGCACAGGCGAGGGGGAUGAGGAGGAGGCUGCUGAGGCAUGGCGACUGCACCAGAAGCACGUCUUUGUGCUGAGCGAGGCGGGGAAGCCUGUGUACUCCCGCUAUGGGUCAGAGGAGGCACUUUCCAGCACCAUGGGUGUCAUGGUGGCCCUGGUGUCCUUCCUGGAGGCAGACAAGAACGCCAUUCGUUCUAUCCACGCAGAUGGCUACAAGGUAGUAUUCGUGCGCCGGAGCCCACUGGUGUUGGUGGCAGUGGCGCGCACGCGGCAAUCGGCGCAGGAACUGGCGCAGGAGCUGCUCUACAUCUACUACCAGAUCCUGAGCCUUCUUACCGGUGCCCAGCUGAGCCACAUCUUCCAGCAGAAGCAGAACUACGACCUGCGGCGCCUGCUCUCGGGCUCGGAGCGCAUCACCGACAACCUGCUGCAGCUCAUGGCGCGAGACCCCAGCUUCCUCAUGGGGGCAGCGCGCUGCUUGCCCCUGGCUGCGGCCGUGCGCGACGCGGUGAGUGCCAGCCUGCAGCAGGCGCGAGCGCGCAGCCUUGUCUUCUCCAUCCUGCUGGCACGCAACCAGCUGGUGGCGCUCGUGCGCCGCAAGGACCAAUUCCUGCACCCUAUCGACCUGCACCUGCUCUUCAAUCUCAUAAGUUCCUCUUCAUCCUUCCGUGAGGGAGAAGCCUGGACGCCUGUGUGCCUACCCAAAUUUAAUGCAGCCGGCUUCUUCCAUGCACACAUCUCUUACCUGGAGCCUGACACCGACCUCUGCUUGUUGCUCGUCUCCACCGACCGGGAGGACUUCUUUGCAGUCUCUGACUGCCGCCGCCGCUUUCAGGAGCGCCUGCGGAAGCGUGGAGCCCACCUGGCGCUGCGAGAGGCACUGCGCACGCCCUACUACAGUGUUGCCCAAGUGGGCAUCCCGGACCUGCGCCACUUCCUCUAUAAAUCAAAGAGCUCGGGACUCUUCACCAGCCCUGAGAUUGAGGCCCCGUACACCAGUGAAGAGGAGCAGGAGCGGCUGCUGGGCCUCUACCAAUACCUGCACAGCCGGGCCCACAAUGCCUCCCGCCCACUCAAGACCAUCUACUACACGGGCCCCAAUGAGAACCUCCUGGCCUGGGUGACAGGUGCCUUUGAGCUCUACAUGUGCUACAGCCCCCUGGGGACCAAGGCAUCUGCUGUCAGUGCCAUCCAUAAGCUGAUGCGCUGGAUCCGCAAAGAAGAAGAUCGCCUCUUCAUCCUCACACCCCUCACCUACUGAUGGGAAUGUGUGUGGGUUCAGCCCUCUUAGGCACCCUGGGCAACAGAAGCUAUGGGAGCCUCCACAUGGGCUGGCCUCUCUUGCCCAGGCAGCAAGCAGGCAGGGACUGUGGGUUGGUGCGUGCAUUAAAGUACUCUGGAGAAGACACUCA